CUCGGCGCCGCGCUCCAGGCGCACGCGCACGCCGCGGUCUCGCCCGUGCUCGGUGUGAGCGGCACACCCGCGCGCUCGGACGUGCAGCGGCCCUCGAACCAGAAGCCGUGUGGAAAGACGGACGUCGCCUCGACGAUGGAGUCCUCGGACACCAUCCAGGUCGCCGCGGACGGCACCUUCACCGCCCCGAUCACCAACUUCAACAAGAAUGUCGACGGCUCGCGCGAGAUCGCAAAGGUCCUCGUCGACCCGACGGGCACGGGCGACAAGGACAGCUUCGUCGCGGCGACGAUGGUCGAGAACGGCACCAGGUCCCCGAAGAGCUUGGGCACAGAGCAGCUCACCGUCCAGCUCCCCGCGGGGAUGACCUGCUCCGGUCCGGAUGGCAAGUGCAUCGUCUCGUUCAAGACCGCGGGCGGGUUCGGGAACUGCGUCGUCGUUCAGCAGUCCGCGGACGGUGCGGCCAGCGCGUCCGGCACGGCCGCAGCUGGCACGUCCGCGGCUGCGUCCGCGUCCGCC